GCCGGGGAUCAUCCAGCUACAGGCAGGACUAUUACGCGCAUGCAUCUUCCGGUCAGCCAGAGGAUGACUUGAUUUUCGUGAGGACCGUCGAGACACGACGCUUAUCAAUCGUCUUAGGACCCUUGCGCCGUGCUCGGAAUGUGGAGGACCUCAUCCGACCUCCGCUCCCUCGUCUAUCCUCCCCAGCCUGGAUCGCCCUCCACGCCAGGAAUCAAACCAAGCUAGUCCAAUUCUUCAGACUCUCGGUUAAUCCAAAUUAUCCCAUUAGACUAGCAAGCCAGGACAUCAAUGGGCCUCCCCCCGGUCCACUUCUUCUCCCAUGGCUCCCCGAUGAUGCUAUGCGAGACGACCGAGUCCUCCGCUUACUGGCGCAGAUGCGGAGACGAGGCACUAGCACAUAAUGUCAAAGGGAUAGUGAUUAUGAGCGCCCACUGGGCAGCCCUCGGCGACCGAAUCGAAGUGGCCACCAACCCCGCCCCCAGAAUCCGCCCCGUAGGAUUCGUUCCGUCCCACGACUACAAGCACUACCCGCUGACACCUGACUUGUCGACCGCGCAUCGUUGUCUCGAUCUGCUGUCUGCAGAGGGAUUCAACGUAUCAGCGAACCCGCAUUACAAUUGGAUUGUCGACGUCUACAUCAUCAUCACGAGAAUGUUUCCUGAUGGAAACGCCCCACCCACAACCGUCAUCUCCAUGAACGCCCGGUACGAUCCCCACUAUCAUCUCAAAGUCGGAAGUACGCUUCGUCAACUGCGACAGGAAAAUUACCUCCUCAUUGGCACAGGCGGAGCGGUACACAACCUCUAUCGUAAUCGAUGGAAGCCCAUGAUCAAGUAUCUCGAUUCCCUAGCCAUGGAGACGCCACCGGAGGAAUGGGCCUUGGAGUUUCGUCAGUCCUUGGAGGAUGUGAUGACCAAGACGUCUGGACCGCAGCUGCGGAGAGCGGUGACUAGACUCAUGAAGCAUCCCCAGUUCCGUGACGCGCAUGCCACUGAUGAUCACUUUAUGGCGGCGGUGUUUGUGGCGGGGGUGGUCGGGGAUGUAGACGAUGAGGGAUGCCAGGGGGUGAUGGGCGCGGAGACGUGGGAGUUGACGAAUAUGGCGAAUUCGCAGUUCACUUUUGGGGAGUGGCCUAAGCUGCCUGUGGCUGGUUAUCCCGGUUAA